GUAUGUCCUAACACGGUGGUGAGAGAGAAAGUGAUAAUCAUGAAGAUGGAGAACAUCAUUAGCAAUAAUGAGAAAGAGGAGACAAAAAUAGAGCCAAAGUAUAGAGGAAUCAAAGCCAUGCCAUUUAUCAUAGGAAAUGAGGCAUUUGAGAAACUUGGAACAAUGGGAACCUCAUCAAACUUACUUGUUUAUCUUACCACCGUUUUCAAUAUGAAGAGCAUAACCGCCUUGAAUAUCAUCAACAUCUUCCAUGGAACCUGCAAUUUUGCUACCAUCAUCGGCGCUUUCCUCUCCGACACCUACUUUGGACGUUACACCACCCUCGGAUUCGCCUCCAUAUCCUCGUUCCUGGGAAUGAUGAUAUUAACAAUGACAGCAGCGUUCACAAAAUUACACCCACCUACAUGUGGUCACGCCACGGUCUGCACCGAAGCAAAUUCAUUGCAAAUGGGCUUUCUAAUUUCAACGUUUGCGUUUCUUGUAAUUGGAGCAGGUGGCAUCAGGCCUUGCAACCUAGCCUUUGGUGCGGACCAGUUCGACCCGAGAACCGAAUCGGGGAAAAGAGGAAUAAGCAGCUUCUUUAAUUGGUACUACUUCACCUUCACUUUCGCGGUCAUGGUUUCUCUAACAGUCAUAGUUUAUGUCCAAUCCGACAUAAGCUGGUCCAUCGGUUUCGCCAUUCCUACCUUCCUCAUGCUUCUGUCAUGCAUUGUAUUCUUCAUCGCCACCAAAAUCUACGUUCGUGUGCGGCCUCAGGGCAGCCCUCUCACGAGUGUGUUGCAAGUUAUUGUAGCCGCAAUCCGAAAGAGAUCGACCACUUCAAAUGAACUUCACGACCAUGUUCCUAAAAACUCUUUAAACUCGAACCUCCCUCACACGAAUCAAUUCAAGUGUCUUGACGCGGCUGCCGUAAUAUAUUCAGGCGACAAACUGCAUGAAGAUGGGUCAGCCAUGAACGCAUGGAGGCUGUGCAGCGUUCAGCAAGUUGAACAAGUAAAGUGCUUAUUAAGAAUCUUCCCAAUUUGGAUCUCGUGUAUCAUUUUUGCAAUUGCCAUGGUCCAGCAGCAAACAUACACGGUUUUCCAGGCUUUACAAAGCGAUAGGCGUUUAGGCAAGACAUUCAAUGUCCCGGCUGCAUCGUACUCUGUUUUUUCAAUGAUAGCCUUAACCAUCUGGAUCCCAAUCUACGAUAGAAUCAUAGUGCCAAGUCUAAGAAACAUCACAAAAAAGGAAGAUGGAAUUUCCCUUCUUCAGAAAAUUGGAAUCGGAAUGUUUCUAGCCGUGCUUACUAUGUUUGUGUCGGGAAUCGUCGAGAGACAGAGACGGGUCUGGGCCUUGACCAAACCCACAUUAGGAAUCGAACCAAGAAAAGGGGAAAUCUCUUCAUUGUCUGCCUUAUGGCUUGUACCUCAAUUGGUACUUGGAGGACUGGCCGAGGCAUUUACAAGUAUUGGACAGAUAGAGUUUUAUUACAAGCAAUUCCCGGAGAAUAUGAGAAGUAUUGCCGGAUCUUUCAUGUUUUGUGGACUAGCGUUUUCUAGUUACUUGAGUAGUUUUUUGAUUUCGGUUGUGCAUCGGGUGACGAUGAAGGGGAAAGAUGGGCAGAAUUGGCUGGAUGAGGAUCUUAAUAAGGGAAGAUUGGACUAUUUUUACUUUGUGGUUGCUGGUUUACAGGUUUUGAAUUUGGGUUACUUUAUGGUAUGUGCUAAAUGGUACAAGUAUAAAGCAACUAAUGCAAAUGGCUCUCAAGUUGAAUUAGAGAGCAUUGCGGUUUGAAAAUUUGAAAUUUAGAGAUGAAAUGUAAUGCUUUUUUUAAUUAUUUAAAGUUGAUUAACUAUUAAAGCCUAUACUAGGCCAAAUCUGAAUGGUUAUUCCGUGGUGCAA